AUUGAGGAUGCGAGAAAAAGAACAAUGUAAAGCCGAACGCUGAUGGAUUUCGUGUAUUGGCACCAAUUGUACAUUCAUAAUAUUGUCUAAAUUUGGAAACAAAGGGAUUUAUCAUCGGACGCUGUCGGCAUUGCAUUGUCUAUGUGAGGCUGAACGGGAUUUGGGGAGUGCACCAUUGAGCGGUGUGCUGAAGUUCAGGGUGAGGUACUGUCAUACUGAAGAAAACGGCGUUGCCUUGUGUCUCGGCAUCGUUUGAAUAGUUUUAAUCGUUUCAUCACUCGUUACGAAUUUAGUGUCUCGUCAAUACCGUGGACCUUCAACUUCACAUUUGCGACCGAGUGCAGCCCACCCCCAAGGGCACUGGCUGCGACCAUUGUUUCCUUGUCAUAUAUUCCAUACCCAAGAACACAGCGUCUUUCAUCCAGGCACAGACAAGCUCCCAACCAGCAGCUUACUAAAAUAUUAACGUGGCUGCUGGCGUUUGCUUCAUGCCUGUGUAUAUGGACGGCAUUCGGUCUCCUCAUUCAUCCAAACGAUCUUGCAAUUAAGGUAGGAAGCCACAUUAUUACAACAACGGAUGUCCACGCAUAGUGAGCCCUUACAGAUCACACAAAUCACCCCCAGGAUACUCAAAGUCCGAGUGGAAUAUUAAUAUUUGGCAAAAUACCCUUGAGUGGGAAGAGAGGGAGUGACGGAGAAGCGCGCGGGAGGAGGUGUGAGAUUACGGGAGCGCUCGCUGCGUAUGCUCGCGCGAGGCUCUCUGUAACUCAAUCUGGUUGUAGAGCUGGUAAAGCGAGGAGACAGAGAGAGACUGGGUUUUGAACACAGUGGAGGUGUCCACGGAGCGCUUCAGGGGUGGACCGUGUGGCACGGAUGUUAUUGCAUCACGUAAAACUGUGCUGCUGAAAACAAGCAGGGCCAUUUCACCGGGAGAGAGAGGAGAACGCGUUCAGUAUCGCCAGGGGAUGAGGAUGCGGCCAUACUAAAGGACCAGCGUGAUAAUGACAGGGAAGCGCAGAGGGAUCCACUGAGCCAUGAGGAGAGUGGCGCUACGAAAAGAGAAACUGCACUGCAUCAUCUCAGGUGGACAUCAGCAAAGAGCACACGCAUUUAUGUUGCUUGGGCGUCGCGUGCUGUAAACAGAGUAAUAUAAGCAAGACACGAUUUGAGUUUCUAUUUCUCGCUAAUGGACAAGAGGACAUUGGGGCUAUGCUGGAGCUUCGGCCCCUGCUGUCUGGCCCAACUCCCCCCAUCUGAGGCUCCAGGCCGGGCCCUGGAGCUCAAAGGGUGAGAGAGACAGCCUCAUGCAGGCACGCAAGAAGUACGUGCUCCUGGGCCUAUGCACGUGCUGCUGGCUGCUGCUCUAUUAUUGGGGCGGCUUGCAGGACCGCCUUUUGGGUCUCAUCACCCACAGGAGGGGGGAAGUGGCACGACCCUGGCCUGACUGGUUGGAUCGGGUGCUGCUCCCGGACUACGCAGACCAGGCCGAACUUCAGCAUGGUGGGGGGCCCGGUGAGUCACCCAGGCAACGGCAGCAGACAUGGGCAGGGAUUUACAAGGACAGUCACUGCAGGAUGGACACGUGCUUCGACUUUGCCCGAUGCCAAGGUCAAAGUGGCUUUCGGGUGUACGUCUAUCCAACGGAGAAAGGAGAGCGGGUGUCAGAAAGUUAUCGGAAGAUUCUCACCUCAGUGGCGGAAUCGCGGUAUUACACGUCGGACCCGCACGAAGCAUGUCUUUUCGUGCUGGGAAUCGACACGUUGGACAGGGACCAGUUAUCCUCGCAGUUCGUGCCCAACGUGGAUGAGCGCAUUCGAGGAUAUCCCCUCUGGAACGACGGACGCAACCACGUCAUCUUUAACCUUUAUUCGGGAACUUGGCCUAACUAUACUGAGGACCUGGGAUUUAAUGUAGGCCAGGCCAUUUUGGCCAAAGCAAGUCUGAACACAGAACACUUCAGACCCGGCUUUGACAUUUCCAUACCUCUGUUUUCUAAAGAUCACCCGCAAAAGGGCGGCGAGAGGGGAUGGUUAGUUCGCAACACCGUCCCCCCUCGGAGGAAAUACCUGCUGAUGUUUAAAGGUAAACGAUACUUGACGGGCAUUGGCUCAGACACUCGAAACGCUUUGCAUCACAUCCACAAUGGUAAGGACAUUGUGUCGCUAACAACUUGCCGCCACGGCAAGGACUGGGAGAAACACAAGGACGCACGCUGUGACCAUGACAACCAAGAGUAUGAGAGAUUUGACUAUCAAGAGCUGCUCCACAACUCCACCUUCUGCCUCGUACCUCGGGGCCGGCGCUUGGGCUCAUUUCGAUUCCUCGAGUCUUUGCAGGCCGCUUGUAUCCCAGUGUUACUCAGUAAUGGAUGGGAGUUACCUUUCUCUGAUGUCAUCCAAUGGAACCAGGCAGUCAUCGAGGGCGACGAGAGACUGUUGCUACAGGUGCCGUCUACCGUGCGUGCUGUUGGCAUUGACAGGGUGCUACUGUUGAGACAGCGCACACAGAUGCUCUGGGAAGCGUAUUUCUCCUCCGUGGAUAAGAUCGUACUCACCACACUGGAGAUCAUAAAGGACAGAGUGUAUUCCCACAUCUCCAGAAAUAAAUUAAUGUGGAAUGCCUUACCCGGUGGGCUGCUGGUUCUGCCCGAGUACUCUACACACCUGGCCCACUAUCCCUUCUAUUACCUAAAUCUUGGGAUCAGUCCAGGUCAAGAGUUUACUGCUGUCAUUCAUGCCACCUCGCCUCUGGUGUCCCAAUCUCAGCCAAUCAUGAAGCUUUUACAGGUCGUCUCCAAAUCCAAAUACUGCUCACAGAUCAUAAUCUUGUGGAACAGUGAAAAGCCGCCCCCUCACCGGAGUAAAUGGCCGCCUAUGCCAGUGCCCCUUACAGUCACAGAUGGCAGAAGGAAAGUGAGUAUCCACGUGAGAGCACAGUCAAGAAAUUUCACUCUCUAUCUCAUUUCUCACAUUCUCUGCCACACUUUCUGUUCACAGACAAGCAGUCGUUUCUUGCCUCAUGCAGCUAUCGAGACGGACGCGGUUUUGAGCCUCGAUGAGGACACGGUUCUGUUGACCAAUGAGAUCAAUUUUGCUUUCCACGUUUGGCGGAGUUUCCCUGAGAGGAUUGUUGGCUACCCUCCCAGAAGCCAUUUCUGGGACCCGGUUAAAAGAGCCUGGGGCUACACCUCUAAAUGGACCAAUGAGUACUCCAUCGUCCUCACUGGAGCUGCCUUCUAUCACAGGUAUUACCAUCACUUGUUCUCUCACUACCUGCCCCCGUCUCUCCGUGCGCUGGUGGACCGCACCUUAAACUGUGACGAUAUCCUGAUGAAUUUCCUGGUCUCUGCUGUGACACACCUGCCACCCAUCAAAGUGGCACAGAGGAAGCAGUAUAAAGAGAUGCCCGCUCCGCAGGGCUCCAAGACGGCCCCUUGGGCGAACCCUGAGCACUUUACCCAAAGGCAAGAGUGUGUUAACACCUUUGCAAGCUGGUUCGGUUAUAUGCCUCUAGUGCACUCGCAAUUUCGCCUGGACCCUGUUCUCUUCAAGGACCAUGUGUCUGUUUUCCGCAAGAAGUACAAAGACCUGGAGCGAGUCUGAGCCAAGCUGACAGCUCGACAGUCGGAUGAGACCAGAGACGGCUCACAGACUGAUACAGACACUGAUGGAGAGAUCCGUUUCUUUCUGUCCACUAAGAGCCAGAUGACUACAGCUUCUGGCUUUUGUAGGGGCCUCCCAGCUACGCUUGUGGUGGCCAAUUGGAGGACCGGAUAGAGAUAUACAUAUAUGAGGGUUCUCUAUGUUUGACUGACAGCUUCAGGGAUGAGUGAAAAUGCAUCACAGAUCUGUCAAUCAUUCCUGCUGCUGUUUCAAUGGGGAAGUUUGUAGCAUGAUGCUGACGGUGAUGUCGAUUUACACAUGACAGUCGCCGGCAAACAACAGAUUGAACACAUGAUCUGAUAAUUACGUGACCAAUAAAAUAAUUCUGAAAUGCA